AUGGCACCCGUUGCUCAGGCUGUUACUGUGAGUCUGCAGGAGCUCAUCGAUGGAACCGUCUCCUUCGACACCCUGACCGAAGCCUUCGGUCCAGCCUCGCUAGGCAUUAUCGUGGUCAAAGACCUCCCCUCAACAUUUGCAGAACUACGCAAAACCGUUCUAUCAAAUGCCUCGUACCUGGCCGCCCUCCCAGAAAGCGAACUAGAAUCCCUCACCAGCCCAGAAUCAAAAUACCUAGUCGGCUGGUCCUGCGGCAAGGAAACCCUGAAAUCAGGCCAUUUUGACACACUCAAGGGCUCAUACUAUGUCAACUGUGCCUUCUACCAAGAUCCUUCAUUAGAUAGUGCGCCAGCGGAAGGAUUCCCCGAUCUACCGCAGUACACCGCACCAAAUAUCUGGCCAUCGCCAGAGAAAUUGCCCGAGUUCAGGCGUAGCCUUGAAACACUCUGCAGCCUGAUAAUCGACACGGCAGCCCUAGUCGCUAAAGCAUGCGAUCGCUACGCCGAGGCAAACAUCGACGGCUAUAAGCCAGGGUAUCUGCACCAUGUCGUGACAACCAGCCUAACAACAAAAGCGAGAUUGCUACACUACUUCCCCGGAAAUGAGACCGACACCACUGCCGAUGCACAAGCCGAUGACGAUGACGAUGACUGGUGCGCCACACACCUCGACCACGGCUGUCUAACAGGCCUCACAUCAGCCAUGUUCCUCGACGAAGCGGCUUCGCCCCCAACCCUGGAUUCCGCUACAUCGACAUCCAUGCUGCCUGAAUUACCGCAGUCUCCAGACCCUUCAGCUGGCCUGUACAUCCGCUCGCGCACAGACGAGAUCGUCAAGGUCAAUAUCCCCAAGGAUUGUCUGGCCUUCCAGACGGGUGAGGCGUUGCAGCUGAUCACCCGGGGGAAGUUCAUGGCUGUGCCGCAUUUCGUGAAAGGCGCCAAGGCUAGUCCUGGACAGAAAAUUGCUAGGAAUACACUUGCUGUGUUUACACAGCCGAACUUGGCGGAGGAGGUUACGUCUGGUCUUAGUUUUGCUGAGUUUGCUAGGGGGGUUGUGCAGAAGAAUUAUUAG